AUGCUCCGCACACCCGCUCGCGCACUCGCCGCCGUCGCAAAGGCAUCUGGCUCGGCCGCUGCCCGCCGUGCCCCCCGCACCGUCCUGUCAGCACGCCCCGCCCUCCCCGUGUCGCGCGUCGCUGCCGUCCCCCUCGUGCGCAGCUUCCAUGCCACUUCGUUCACUGCCGCCCCCGUCACCGUCAAGGUUCCCCAGAUGGCCGAGUCCAUUACCGAGGGUACCUUGAAACAGUACACCAAGGCUGUUGGUGACUUUGUCAAGGCGGACGAGGAGAUUGCUACCAUCGAGACCGACAAGAUUGACGUCUCUGUCAACGCUCCCCAGUCGGGUAAGAUUGUCGAGCUCCUCGCCGAGGAGGACUCGACCGUCACUGUCGGACAGGACCUCAUCAAGAUUGAGCCCGGAGAGGCCCCCGAGGGCGAGGCUGCCGCUGCCCCCGCCGCCGCCGAGUCUGCUGCCCCCGCUGCCGAGGCCCCCAAGGCUGAGGCCCCCAAGGCCGCUGCCCCCGCCGCUGCUGCCCCCGCCCCCAAGGCUGCUGCCCCGCACCCGCCAAGAAGGAGGCCGCUCCCGCUGCUGCGUCGGGCUCUGGCCCCAGCCGCAAGGAGACCCAACGCCGCUGCCGCGCUCACCACCUUCAACGAGAUUGACAUGUCGUCCAUCAUGGAGUUCCGCAAGCUGUACAAGGACGGUGUCCUGAAGGCCGAGGGCGUCAAGCUCGGCUUCAUGUCGGCGUUCUCGCGCGCGUCGGUGCUUGCCCUCCGUGAGAUUCCCGAGGCCAACGCCUCGAUCGAGGACGACCAGAUCGUCUACCGCGACUACGUCGACCUCUCGGUCGCCGUCUCGACCCCCAAGGGUCUUGUCACCCCCGUGCUCCGCAACGCCGAGUCGAUGGGCCUCGUCGACAUUGAGCGCGAGAUUGCCGCCCUCGGCGCCCGUGCCCGCGACGGCAAGCUCUCGAUCGAGGACAUGUCCGGCGGCACUUUUACCAUCUCCAACGGCGGUGUCUUUGGCUCGCUCUACGGUACCCCCAUUAUCAACCUGCCCCAGGCUGCCGUCCUCGGCAUGCACUCCAUCAAGGAGAAGCCCGUCGUCGUCAACGGCCAGAUUGUCAUCCGCCCCAUCAUGGUCGUCGCCCUCACCUACGACCACCGUCUCCUCGACGGCAGGGAAGCCGUCACCUUCCUCGUCCGCAUCAAGGAGUACCUCGAGGACCCCCGCCGCAUGCUCCUCCCUUCCCCCGUGUAA